AAGAAGAGAGGAGGCUGUUUAAAAGUUGUAGUUCGAUUUUGACGCUGCGCCACAACAUUUUUCACAUUUGUAGAGCAAAAAAUUCAUCUAAAAAUGUCCAUGGUGUAACUAACCGAGUCACUGCUGUUAUAAGCCCACAUCCCUACCUGGGAAUUUGAAGAAAAGAGUGGACUGCGAGGAUGAAAAGGCAGUGCACAGGAUCCACCACUGCUCCCACUAAGCUGACACGCUGGGUGGACCCCUCCUUCUGUGACCUCACCUCUGACCCCGUGUGUGAGCCCAAGAAGCUCCACCCCCUGAGCUCCAGAGCGGAGAGCAAGAGGCCAGACUGGAGGAGAGCUGUCCCAGCUCCAUGCCUGGACAAGGGACUGAAGGACAAAGGGGCAGUGCUGUGCCAAGAUGAGCCCUGGGUGGACUGCCAUGCUCCCCACACACAGUCAGAGUUGGCUGUUCACAAAAAGAAGAUUGAAGAGGUGGAGAAAUGGCUGACAGAGCAUCUCAGCUCAUCCAGGGGAGGUGUGCUACUGGUUACUGGUCCAUCAGGCUGUGGGAAAACAGCCACAGUGCAGGUCCUGUCCAGAGAGCUAGGAGCCCGCAUCCAGGAGUGGAGCAACCCAGUGAACAUGGAGCACAGCAGCCAGCAGGACUGGCAACUGAAUGGUCUGUCGGGCUUCCAGGGCUCUCAGUUACAGCAGUUCCAGGACUUUCUAUUCAGGGCCAACAAAUACAGCUGUCUGCAGAUGAGUGGGGAAGGGGCAGCCUCUCUCAAGAAGGUCAUCCUGGUCGAGGAUUUCCCCAACCAGUUCUACAGACAGCCCAGCAGCCUCCAUGACACCCUGAGGCGCUUUGUGAAGACCAGUCGAGUUCCUCUGGUCUUCAUUGUGUCAGACAGUGUGAGUGCAGACAGCAGCAGCAGACACCUGUUUCCCCGAGAGCUGCAGGAGGAGCUGCACAUUGCUCAUAUCAGUUUUAACCCCGUGGCUCCAACCACCAUGAUGAAAGUGUUGAGUCGUGUUUCAGCGCUGGAGGUGGACAAGAGCUGUGGCCGCCUCACCUCCCCAGACCGGGCCCUGUUGGAGCGCCUGUGUACGGGCUGCUCCGGGGACAUCCGCAGUGCCAUCAACAGCCUGCAGUUCUCCUGUAUCCCAGACACAUCUUUGGAAAAGAGUCUCCUGAAAACUUUUAAAGAGAAAUCCUCUGGGAUGUCCUCUGGAAGAGGCCGAUCCAAACCAAACCGCGCUAAAAAGAGCAGGCGAAGAGCAGAAGAAGAGGAGCAGGCCAUCGGAGGGAAGGACGCCUCACUCUUCCUGUUCAGAGCCCUGGGCAAGAUCUUGCACUGCAAACGAGGUAUACCUGAAGGCUCAAAAGCUGUGAUGGCAGCACAGCAGGAGGGCAGUCUGCCUCCUCACCUGUCCCAGCACCACAGAGAGCCCUUGCUGGAAGACCCCGAGAUGGUGGUGGAACGCUCUCACAUGUCCUCAGACAUAUUCAGUCUAUACUUGCACCAGAACUACUUGGAUUUCUUCUGUGAGAUGGAAAGUGUGGAGAGGGCCAGCGAGUACCUAUCAGACGCUGACCUGCUCUCAGCCAACUGGACGGUAUUUUUGUUUCAGACCCGCAGUGUCCUGUCUGACUACAGCUCCUCAGUGGCCACCAGGGGGCUCCUCCACUGCAACUCCCAGCAGGCCACAGUGGGCUUCAGGCCUCUGCACAAACCUCACUGGCUACACGUCCUGAAGAACUAUCGGGGGAACUGCCGGGCUGCCCAGACCCUUUUCAAGAGCUUCUGCCUUACUCCAGUGGCCCUCCAGACCGAGCUACUGCCGUACCUGGCCAAGCUCUCCAGCCCCAUGAGGAACCAAGCUCAGAUUGACCUGAUCCAGGACGUGGGGCAGCUGUCUCUGAGGAGGUGGCCCAACAGGAUAAAACUGGAGACUGUAGCUGAUAAAGAACUGGGCCAGCUCCCAGAGGAUAGUGAAGGAGAAGAGGCGGGGAAGAGUGAAGAAGACCUUACAGGCAGCCAGGAGAGCCUACCGGACAGCCAGACCCAGCCUGGCACAGUACAGGCCCUGCUGCAGCCAGAGGAGCUGCUCAUCGAGGAGUACGACAGUGACUGACCCACACACCCCGACACCCACGGGACUACACAUGAGAUGGUUCACCUACCGCCUCAUGGUCAGGCUUUCAGUGUACCACCAGACUAAACCAGGUCUAAAGGAGGACAAAUCAGACCGAAGCUUAGAUGAAUAAAGACUAAACCAAACCUUGAUGUAGCACUAAAACAUCAAUAAACUCAUUAAAAUUAAAACCUGAAACUAUAAAAGACUUUGGGGUUAACCCUGACCCUGGUGAUAUCCAAAGUAGCUUCUUAGUACAGGUUCUCCAUUUGAAGUAGCCAUAAACAUGAAUACAAAUUUAACUAAUGAAAAUAAACUUAACUACCACCAUAUGAAGCCAUGGACCACACUUUGGGUAUCGCUGGUCUACUUUAGUUCUCUCCACUCAGUUUGUGGUUGGCUAUUUAUUUGGACACAUUCUUAAUCUGCUGUAUAAUGUGAGGCCGGUGUGUUUUUGUGUAUUGUUGGAGGAGGCUCUAUGGAUGUUAUGUGACGUGGGCAGGUUUUUUGUUCCUCCACACACCUUGUGUCAAUAUUUGCCCUGUUGGAGCUGCCUGUUGUCAGCUGAGUGAAGCUUCUGUCCUUUUGUCAUUAUUAAAAUAUAUUAUUGUUUUUGUUUGA